GAUUUCAGACCACGUUUCACAUCCAAGCCGUUUGGCAGCAAAAUUAGCGUCCGCAAGUGAUUCAGACCUGAAGGAAAGUCCUUUACCUGACGUGUAAAAAAAGUGCCUGAAGACUUUAAGGUGAUCGUGACAGUGUUCUACCACAGCUGAGUCACUUUACCCGAAGUGAGAAGAAGGAAAAUGGAUACGACGUUUUACCACGAUGAGCUGGGUGUCACACCCGAACAGCCAGAAGCCGUCAAACGACUGAAGAAAAGUAUGACAUUAGACUUCAACUCGGGAGGAUCGAAACCACACAAGUUCACCAAUUUAUUGCAGUCUCCAGAUCUGAAUUUACUGAAGUUGGCCUCUCCUGAGUUGGAACGGAUGAUUAUCGCCGCAAACGGUAUGGUUACAACAACACCAACACCAACUCAAUUUUUGUGUCCAAAAUACGUGACAGAUGAACAAGAAGCAUAUGCCCGAGGGUUUGUUGACGCUCUGAACGAGCUUCACAAAAAUGAAUCUCCGCAGGGUGCGGACGGAGCACCACACCCUCUGAUCCCAACGUCCAACGUCUCUCAGUUUUCAGUGUCCCCCAAUACCACGGGAACUCAAACUUUGUCAACGACCACAACUUUACCGGGCAGCAUUUUACACAAGACAACGUCAGCCUCCCCUCCAAUGGGAUCACUCUCAGAGCGCCUCCCCCGUCUAAAAGAGGAACCUCAAACCGUCCCUUGUCUGGGUAGCACACCUCCUCUUUCACCUAUAGAUAUGGAAAGCCAAGAGAGAAUUAAACUGGAGAGGAAGAGAGCAAGAAAUCGAGUAGCAGCCAGAAAGUGUCGCACAAGAAAAUUAGAAAGAAUUUCCAGGCUGGAGGACAAAGUUAAAGACUUGAAAGACCAGAACUCCGAUCUUGCUCAAACUGCAUCAACGUUAAGAGAACAAGUGUGUAAGUUAAAACAGCAAAUUAUGGAUCAUGUGAACAGUGGUUGCCAGGUUAUGAUGGCUAAUAAUAUCCAGUUUUGAACACUUUUAAGAUAUUGACUUUAAAGCUAUUAUUAGAAGAGGCUGGAAUUUAUUCCUGUGCAGCUGGAUGAAAUUCAGGGAUCUUGUUCGUGUUGAUGUGUGCCACUAUGUCGAUCUCCAGGAGAAAUCAAAGACAAUUUCAAUUGACUAUGCCAGUGUUCUGAUGCAACUUGAACUGACUGAAAAACUGUUGUAUAUAUGUACAUACAAUAUCAUUGAGAGACCAUUUGCCAUAUAUCUUUUACUUUUGAGCAAUUUUGUAUGCUGUUGAUCAGCUGAUUUCAUUUUGUGUCCAUACAUCUUAUGUGACAAGAAGUUUAAGAGAAGGGAAAGCUGUAAGAUGAGUUGACAAAUUUUCUUAAGUUUGACACUUAAAUUCAGUGCUGUUUUUUUUCUUUGUGAUGCAAGUUUUGUAUAUUUUUUGUAAAGAUAAACUUACUUGUCCCUGGUGCUUCCAUUUUUUAAAAUCUUGACACAUGUCAGUUCAAGAAGUGUACAUAUUUUGUAUAAAAGUAAAAGUUCAUUAUUUCUGUACAAAAAUGAAGUCAUUCAAGAUAUUUAUUACUAUUUGAUAAAGAAUUCAAAAGAAAACA